AGCUCCCGCUCCCGUCUCUCGUGCUCGUCGAAAAUUAGCACCACUUCCCACUGCACCUCCAUUCCACCAUUCCACCCGUCCAAUUCCUGCAUCCCGUCUCCAUCUCCACUCUCUGCAUCAUGUUCACCGCCCGUCACGUAUUCGGAGCCGUCCAGAGGCGGUCCUUCUCCGCCUCUACCAGACAGGCAUCCAAGGUCACUGUCCUCGGCGCCGCCGGUGGUAUUGGCCAGCCACUGUCGCUGCUGUUGAAGCUCAACCCGAGAGUCUCCCAGCUCGCUCUCUACGAUAUCCGUCUCGCUCCAGGUGUCGCUGCGGACAUUGGGCACAUUAACACCAAGAGCGAGGUUCGGGGAUAUGACCCAACACCCUCUGGACUUGGCGAUGCUCUCAGGGGCAGUGACAUCGUUCUCAUUCCCGCUGGUGUGCCUCGCAAGCCUGGCAUGACCCGUGAUGAUCUUUUCAACACAAAUGCCUCGAUCGUCCGAGACUUGGCCAAAGCGGCUGCCGAGCACGCUCCCGAAGCCAACAUCCUGAUCAUCUCCAACCCGGUCAACUCCACGGUCCCCAUCACCGCCGAAGUCUUCAAGGCCCGGGGCGUGUACAACCCCAAGCGCCUCUUCGGUGUCACCACCCUAGACGUCGUGCGUGCUUCCCGCUUCAUCUCCCAGCUGAAGAACACCGACCCAGCCAACGAGAACAUCACCGUCGUCGGUGGACACUCCGGCGCCACAAUCGUUCCCCUCCUCUCGCAAUCCGGCUACAGCCUCACCGGCGCGACUCUUGAUGAGUACGUUCGCCGAGUCCAAUUCGGUGGUGACGAAGUCGUCCAGGCCAAGGACGGUGCCGGCUCUGCAACCCUCUCGAUGGCCAUGGCUGGUGCCCGCUUCGCCGAGAGCUUGCUCAAGGCUUCCCAGGGCCAGAAGAACGUCAUCGAGCCCACUUUCGUCGACUCGCCUUUGUACAAGGACCAGGGCAUUGAGUUUUUCGCCUCCAACGUCGAGCUCGGCCCCAGCGGUGUGGAGAAGAUCCACCCCAUCGGCAAGAUCACCGAAUAUGAGCAGAAGCUCCUCGACGCCUGCUUGGCCGACUUGAAAGGCAACAUCCAGAAGGGUGUCAACUUCAUUAAGGAGAAGCCGUAAAUAUGAAAAGCGAGUCAUUUGCAGCGUGGAGUUGAGAGAUGGAGAGUAACGAGGACGGGGUUAUUUGCUUCCAGCGCUUGUACUAUGGGAACUCUCUGGAACUGGACUGGGACUGGGAUUCAAGGGUCUUCAUGCACGUAGAGCGUCGGGGCUGUGAUGUCGUUCUUUGCGUGUAGAUUUUGUUGUCUGUAUCGUAAAGUACCUCCAAUCUUGCGUCUUCCAGAUUGAGUCUGCAAAGCACGUGCUCGUGAUGGUGUAGUACUGUAGUAUUGAUCAUGCAACGCAGUCAAUCUAACAACUUGGAUGCACCGCUUUCUAAACGAUGUAUCACAUGGCGUUUAGUGAGUUCAC